GCAAAAUAGUUCUAAAUGUAUAAAUAGAAAAAUAUGAUAAACCAAUGGGGUUAAUUCAACGUAUUCUUUCAGAUAUGACAUUCAAGACCGAGUCUGUUCUAAUGUUCUUUUUGGUUAUUCUUCUGGUCAACAACCCUGAUCGUCUUACAGUAGAAGGGGGCGAUUCUCGAUGCUGGUCCAUGAAUGGUAGAUGCCAAUAUACAUCGGAGCCUUGUAUCGAAUUUAAACCGGGAUACUGUGCUGGACCAACUUAUAGACAAUGUUGUGUUAAAGGAGCGGACAUACAAUGCUUGUUGAGACGUGGUACCUGCCAAGAUAUUUCGAACUACUGCAGAGGCAGAUAUCUGAGAGGUCUAUGUGGCGGAGGUCUGUCGCGCCGUUGUUGUGUGUAAUUCUAAUUUUAGAAACAAAAUCAGAAUAAU